UGUUUGAAGCACACCAACAACAAAACAAGCUAACAAGCACCAACCUCCAUAGGAGAGCCCUCUCAAUUUUGCUUAGGCCGAUCAGAAGAAGAACAGGGUCUACUUCAGAAUUCGAAGAGCUAUUCUGGGUAGUGAUCAAUUGGGGGGUUGGAUCAGUGGAGGUCAAAAAAGUCAGAAACUUUGAGAUGCCGGAGGAGGAUUUGGUGGACAUAAAGUUCAGGCUGUACGAUGGCUCCGAUAUAGGGCCGUUCAGCUACUCAUCAGCCUCCACAGUCGAUAUGCUUAAGCAGAGGGUCGUCUCCGACUGGCCCAAAGGGAAAACGAUGAUACCCAAGACGUCGAAUGAAGUGAAGCUAAUGUGUUUUGGUAAAAUUUUGGAGAACAACAAGACAGUGGGUCAGUGUAAAUUACCUUUUGGUGAUGUUGGUGGUGGGGGAGUUAUGGUAAUGCAUGUUGUUGUACAGCCAACUAUAGACAAAGCUAAAUCAGACAAGAAGAUUGAUGACUUGCCCCGGAAAGUUGUCUGUUCGUGUUCCAUAUUGUGAAAAAAAAGAAACUGUUCGAGUUGGGAUUUGGUGAGCUCGGGUAUCAAUGCUCUGACGACAUAAACCAUCUAUCAACUUACAUCUGUUCAUUGUUAUUUUAGCAUCAACGUGUACAUGUUAAGUUGUGUGUACAGAAAACCAUGUUGUUGGUGAUUUCAUUAGUUGCUGCUUGCAAUUGCAAGGCCUUGUCUUCCAUCAUCACAGAUUGCAUUCUCCUUGUUUACCGUCUGUCCUGCCUGGUAGGUUGCGUGAGUGAUUGUAGCAGUAAUGUAAAAGUUGUAUAUUAAUGCAAAGUUCCACAUUUAAACUA